GCUGACUCUAGGCAACUGAGAAAAUACAGGUCACUCCAGCAGAUGGGGAUUCCUCUGCACGUGAUUGUAUUUCAGCUCCUGUAGAGAAAAGUGAAUAUUACGAGGGUUGGAUUGAUGCAGCUGGGCGAUCCGUUUUCCCGGCUCCUCCUUUGCAAACAUACAGCCGUCAUCUCUUUCGGGUUUCCUUCCUCCUUAACCAUGGACUACAGCCUCCAGGGAACGGAGAUCACAGAUGUAUGAUCAGGAUCCAGCAGACGCAGAAAUAGAAGAUUAACAGAUACUCAGUGAAAGUACAAGCGAGCUGCCUAACAGAUGCCGUCUUGCUCCCAUGAUGGAUGUGCCUAGCAUCAAAGACUUCCAGUGGAAAACUCUGGCGCCUCUGCCCAGCCGGAGGGUCUACUGCUCCCUGGUGGAGGCUGGUGGUCAGGUCUAUGCCAUUGGGGGCUGUGAUGACAACGGUGUCCCAAUGGACUGUUUUGAGGUGUACUCCCCUGAAGCCAACCAAUGGAAUUCUCUCCCCCCAAUGCCUACAGCCAGGGCUGGGGUAGCUGUAGCAACACUGGGCAAGAGGAUAAUGGUGAUUGGGGGUGUUGGAGCUAACCAGACACCCCUGAAGAUUGUGGAGAUGUAUAACAUAGACGAGGGCAAAUGGAAGAAAAGGAACUCCUUGCGGGAAGCCUCAAUGGGGAUCUCUGUGACGACGAAAGACUACAGAAUCUACGCAGCUGGUGGAAUGGGAGGAGACCUUCGCCCUCACAAUUACCUGCAGCAUUAUGACAUGCUCAAGGACAUCUGGGUGUCGCUGGCAACCAUGCCCACACCCAGGUAUGCUGCAACUUCCUUCCUACGGGGCACAAAGAUCUAUGUGCUGGGAGGAAGGCAAUCCAAAUAUGCUGUGAAUGCCUUUGAAGUCUUUGACAUCGAGACCAGGUCGUGGACCAAAUUCCCCAACAUCCCCAGCAAACGAGCUUUCUCCAGCUUCGUGUGUGCAGAGAACAACAUCUUCAGCCUGGGGGGUUUACGGCAGGGCAGGCUAUACCGCCAGCCCAAGUUUAUGAAGAACGUGGAUGUGUUUGACAUUGAACAGGGGGGCUGGAUGAAGAUUGAGCGCUCAUUCUUUCUGAAGAAACGACGGGCAGAUUUCAUAUCCGGCUACUUGAAAGGAAGAAUUGUCAUAGCUGGAGGCCUAGGAAACCAACCCACUGUCCUGGAAUCAGCUGAGGCCUUUCAUCCUGGAAAAAACAAAUGGGAGAGCCUUCCACCUAUGCCCACCCCACGAUGUGCCUGCUCUAACAUUGUGGUAAAAAACUGCCUUCUGGCUGUAGGUGGAGUGAAUCAGGGCCUGAGUGAUGCAGUGGAAGCUCUGUGUGUCUCUGACUCCUAGCCGGCCUGUCUCCGGAUGCCACACCAAGCACCCAAGAAGGCGAUUAGCCUGCAGUUUUGAGCAGUGGGCCUACACCAUCCCUCUCACUCACUACUCUGCUGCUUUCCUGUAUCUCCCUUCACUGUGUGUUUUGGGGAAGGUAGUUUCUUCAGGCAGCUACACAAUUUCAUGGCUCUGGUUGCUAGCAGAGGCCCUGUGGCAAUGUCAGUUUUGCAAGCUCUGUCGAGCUACAGCACCUGAUGAAUCUAUGGCCGCUUUUCCCUGUCAACUCUGAACGGCCAAGGAACAUGCUAGCUUUGCUUCCAAACAGAAAAGAUGCAUAGAAUGUUGUGGGUCACUCCAGGCAAGAAUUAGGAAGCAUUACCUAGGAACUAUGUGAUUGUUUUGCCUUCCUCUGAAAUACCAUGUUCUAGAUACAGUUGUUGAACCCACCACAAAAGUCUCCACUGGGUUUUUCACAGGUAAACAAAGGGAGUGCUGAAUCCCAGAGGCAGGGAGAGAGAGAGCUUCCUGGUGCUCUUUGAAAUGGACCCCAAAAGUUCUGGCUGUGGUGUUGGGUUUCAAAGGGUUCAUGGUUUAAAGCAUCCUGGAUGAAUUUCCAGGGUGCUUCCUCAUCAUGCAGCUAGCGGGAUGGUGAACCAACCCAAUUUGAUGCCUUGAUUGACAGUUCCUGCAAUUAAAAGUUCCAUAUUGCGUCUGCCAGUGGCUGAAGGCUAGGAGGCCAUAGUUAAGAAGCCAAUUUAUGGACAGGGAUGACUCUGCACUAUGGACCAAGAUUGCAGUACAGUACAUGUACUCAUGAAGUGUGUGCGCACACAGACACAGACACACACAGACACAGACACACACACACACUUUUCAAGUUGUUCAUAUCCUGUGUUUUUGGUUCAGUCCAUUAUACCCAAGGGGCCAGCUGUAAAACCUGGAGUGAGCUUAUUGUAGCCCAUGUUUGGAGAUUGUUAUGGGGUCUGCUCAUAACAGCUUUCACACAGCGCCCGCGGCAACAGCAAAGCUUUGAGUACCUGCUGUUUUUAUUGUAUUUCAUAUAUUGUUUUCUUUAUUACUUUGGCACAGAGGUUGAACUUGCCAGUGUCAUCUGAAUUAUGUAUGAUGGAUCAGUUGUAGCAGUUCUGCUUAGGUAUUAGUAAAUAGCACAAUUAAACUAUUCAUAUGGUAACCUCUGAGCACCUUUUAUAUACAGCUAGGGCCAUGACAAAUCCAAAAGAGGGCUGUGAACUUGCUUUGAGCUAUCUUUUUAAUCAAUGUGAGGGCAUUUCCAGACUGUCGCUAUUUUCAGGUGGGUCUCAGUCGCAUUCAGGCAAAUUACAGCUGACUGGUUGCUCUUGUGCAACAAGCCCACUUCCUCCUAAAACACUGGACUUUUUGUGAUAAGGAAAGAGAUGAGGAAACGGACUACUAGAACAUCUAGGGUGACAUUUGCUUGAUGUCAGCCUUGUCCACCCUGGAGCAAAAUGUGGGUUUGCACCAGUUUAUCUCCCCAUUAAUUUAAGGGUGUCCAUAUGAUAUCCUUCUCAUCCUGGUGUUGUCCUGGAUUUUUGACCCAUGGAAAGUCUGAGACGGCAAUGUAACGUGUGCCAAUGCUGCAGCAUCCUGCUAUAUGGUGUAGACACCUUGCUCUGGUUUUGUUCCUGAUUCUCUUUUGGGAGCUUCUCUUUCCAUGCCAACUCUUCAUUUCACUUUAGUAAGCGAUUGUGUGAGCUUCUGGCUUGCUGCUUUCGGAAUCCUUUUUCUCCUCUCAGGCAAGAGGCUUCUACUUCUAACUAGGGGUGAAAAACUUUGGGAAAUGGUUCUCCCAACCUGUUUCUCUUUGCCAGUAUCACAGGGAGGGGGAGGGGUUG